CCCUUCCACCACACUGGACGUCUUGCGCGGGAGGGCGUGUGUGUAUUUGGUGGGAGAUACUCCUCCUCUUUCUCCUCCCUUCUCGCUCUCUCCCCCCCCCGCCCCUCCUUGCGCAUAAGCCGCUGCCGGUGCUGAAUGAGAGCGGCGGCUGAGGCAGGCGGUCGAGGGCCAGUGAGCUGGACGGGAGCCCGGUUGGCACGUCGCGCUUCGCUUGCUUUCUUCUCCUCUCCCUUUCCUCGUCAGCAGGAAUGAUUACUCAGGUGCCUUGAUGAUGAAUUGAUUACUAAAUCCACUACUUCAGAUGUAGGGCAGAAGCCUGAUGGUGUGGGCAGUAUGGACCUAAUGAACGGGCAGCCCAGCAGUGUUAAUAUUGCAGCUACUGCUUCAGAGAAGAGUAGCAGCUCUGAGUCGCUGAGUGACAAAGGUUCUGCUGAACUGAAGAAAAGUUUUGAUGCAGUAGUAUUCGAUGUGUUAAAGGUUACACCAGAAGAAUAUGCAGGCCAGAUAACACUAAUGGAUAUCCCGGUAUUUAAAGCUAUUCAACCAGAGGAGCUGUCAAGCUGUGGUUGGAAUAAAAAGGAGAAAUAUAGCUCUGCUCCAAAUGCAGUUGCCUUUACGAGAAGAUUCAACCAUGUAAGCUUUUGGGUCGUUAGAGAGAUCCUUCAUGCACAGACAUUAAAAAUACGAGCUGAAGUUCUGAGCCACUACAUUAAAACUGCUAAGAAACUGUAUGAGCUGAAUAAUCUGCAUGCCCUUAUGGCUGUGGUAUCUGGAUUGCAAAGUGCCCCCAUCUUCAGGUUAACAAAAACAUGGGCGUUACUGAGCCGGAAGGACAAAACUACCUUUGAAAAGCUGGAAUAUGUAAUGAGUAAAGAAGACAAUUAUAAACGGCUUAGAGACUACAUUAGCAGCUUGAAGAUGACUCCCUGUAUUCCUUAUUUAGGUAUUUAUCUCUCAGACUUGACAUAUAUCGACUCAGCAUACCCAUCCACAGGAAGUAUUCUGGAAAAUGAGCAGAGAUCAAACUUAAUGAAUAACAUACUCAGAAUAAUUUCAGAUUUACAACAGUCUUGUGAAUAUGAUAUCCCUGUGCUGCCUCAUGUUCAAAAAUACCUGAAUUCUGUUCAGUAUAUAGAAGAACUUCAAAAGUUUGUGGAAGACGACAACUAUAAGCUUUCGUUAAAGAUAGAGCCUGGGACCAGCACUCCCCGUUCCGCUGCUUCUCGUGAAGAUUUAGUAGGCCCUGAAGUUGGAGCUUCUCCACAAAGUAUACGAAAAAAUGCUGCAGCUGAAGGUGCAUUGCUACCACAAACUCCUCCAUCCCCUCGGAACCUGAUGCCACACGGGCAUAGAAAAUGUCACAGUUUAGGAUACAAUUUCAUUCAUAAGAUGAACACAGUAGAGUUUAAAAGUGCAACAUUCCCCAAUGCAGGACCAAGGCAUCUACUAGAUGACAGUGUCAUGGAACCACAUGCCCCAUCUCGGGGGCAGGCAGAGAGCUCUACUCUUUCGAGUGGAAUUUCAAUAGGUAGCAGUGAUGGUUCUGAACUCAGUGAAGAGACUUCAUGGCCAGCAUUUGAAAGGAACAGAUUGUACCAUUCUCUUGGUCCGGUGACAAGAAUGGCACGAAAUGGCUAUCGAGGCCACACGAAGGGCAACAGUUCUGCAGAGUCAGAAGACUUAGCUGUUCAUUUGUAUCCUGGAGCUGUUACUAUUCAAGGCGUUCUCAGGAGGAAGACUUUAUUGAAAGAAGGCAAAAAGCCUACUGUAGCAUCAUGGACAAAAUACUGGGCAGCGCUAUGUGGAACUCAGCUUUUCUACUAUGCAGCAAAGUCUUUGAAGGCAACAGAGCGAAAACAUUUCAAAUCUACACCAGCUAAAAAUGUGUCAGUAGUAGGGUGGAUGGUUAUGAUGGCUGAUGAUCCAGAACAUCCAGAUCUCUUCCUGCUUACAGAUUCUGAGAGAGGAAACUCAUACAAGUUUCAAGCUGGUAACAGAAUGAAUGCAAUGUUGUGGUUCAAACAUCUGAGCGCUGCCUGCCAAAGUAACAGGCAACAGAUCCCUGCCAACUUGAUGACGUUUGAAUGAGAAGCUUCUUUAAAAUCAGACAAGAUGACAUUUUUUUGAAUGCUGUAAUGGGUUGAGAAGGGAAGUCCUGGAGAGGGCAUGCCAGCUUAACUUCUGUGCCAGAACAAAGCCAGUAAAUGGAGUUUCAAAGCUUUUAAGUACUAAACAAAACAAUAAAGCACUAAGAGUUCAGGGAUAGAGUUGCAACAUGAACUGCUGCAGACCAUGCUGCUGCUGAAGAAUCUCUGAACUGACCUGUGGAUACCACUGCCUUAAAGAAUGAAAGGAAAACCAACAUGAAACACCAAAUAGUGUGUGUGAAACGUCUGGCGGUGCUGUGCUUUGGUUAGAUAGGUUGUAGCUAGUUUGCAUUUGUGUUAGCUUUCUGUUAGUUUUGAACUAGUUGAUUUUUUUUUUUUUUUGCAGUUUUUGUUGUGGUCCAGAGGAGUGACUACUGUAUAAGGGUUGUGUCAGGGGCAAGGUGUGCAAGGAUGUAGCUGAACAGUGUACAGACUAUACCAGCAUCCUUCUAAAAGAGCUCUUGGCUGGGCUCAGUUCGUUGGGAACACAGUUCAACUUGUUUAAGCUUAGUAUUUGAAAACUGUAAUAUAUGCAAGUUUCUUCUUCUUUCACAAAGCACUGACUGUGCAGAAAUUGGUACUGUGUGGGGAUUUCUUAACCUGCAAGUGGCACAACAGACAAACCUUUAAACUCUGCUAAACUUUUUUUGCUGGAGUUCCUGGUUGUAAAUCUCCUGAUAGAAAUACUAUGCAGGAUUCUGAAGAUCAAGCUUGGGGAAAUGUCACUGGGUCAGAACUGAGUCUUCCCUUUCCCCUGUAUAUUUUCAAACAGUCCACACUUCCUUUUUUUGAAAUAUUCCCCCAGCAAAUAUUUUGUCCUUUAAAAAACUCAUCUACAAUUGUAUUGAAAGUUUGCUGUCUACAGUACAACCCAUCUUCAUCUCUGUUCUGCGCAAUGCUGUGAUCCCUGUAUUUGCAUUUUGAAGUCACGCGUUUUAUUAAUUUCUGCACCAGACAGAGAAGCCAUUUUUGGGUUGCAUAAGCAUCAUCUUAUCAGUUCAUAGUUCUUGAAGGUAUCUCCCAAGGUAAGUGAGUAACCUAACAAGGAAAAUGACAUUGAUGGUGGGUGGGGGGAGUGAAAAUGUGAUGAAUUAAGCUAAUCAUACCCACUUCCUUGUAAAUUUUGUCACUACAUCUACUUAAGAAUACUUUUUAGACAAUUUUUGAAGAUUGUCUUGAGCUCUAAAGAUUGUUUGCACAUUGUACUUACAUUGCGAUACUUUAAGACCACUCACAUUGUCUGGGUAGAGGUGACAAUAUUUGUUUUUACCGAUGUUAAGCAAGUUAAAUUAAAGCAGACUCUGAUCUAGUUGAGAAGAAAAAUAUUGUCACCUACAGGUGGUAAAAAGGUUGUUCAGUAGGAACUAAUUUUAUUCACAGUUUAGUAUUAGGGUUUUUUAAAUUUAAAAUGUUACUGAAUGAACUACACAACCUCCCCCCCCCCCCCCCCGAAUACAACAGAGAUGAUUAGUGGGUAUAAAAGUUUCAGGAGGGGGCUGGGAGUAUAUUUCUAAGUGCUGAACUGUUUGAAAUCUUUUCCCUUUUUUUGUUCCUAUCAAAUAGAUUGAAAUGCAUUAGAUAUAUGUCCUGUUCUAUAUUUGGGGGAGUGAACAUUCAGUUCUGACCUUGCAGUGGUGCAUUUUUUCAGAGAGAUCUGCUUGUUUUGUGUCACUUUUUAGUUUACGCAUUUCUCACAAUAACCCAUGUUGGGUGUUUUGUAGACACAAGUUCAUAGCCAGCAGUAUUACUGUAUAGAAUUUGCACAACUACUUGUUUUCCAUUUUUAAAGUUACUGUGUGUUUCUUUUCAAAAGUUUUUUUUAAAUACACUGUAUAAAUGUACGUACUUUUUUUAGUAUUGUGGAACGAUAACCCUGUGGAAGUUUGGGGAUUUUUCCUUUUGAAAAGAGUGAAAAUGCUAGUGUAGAUGUUUUGCAGGCUUACCAAAUCUUUUCUUAAUGUUUUUGACAGCGGAAACAUGCAACUGAGAUCCACAACAUCGCAUGAUUCAUGUUUACUAAAGACACAGGGCCAUUUCACACUGCAGAUUUUCACAUGGGGAUUCUGUUAAGUCCUUCAAGAUCUCAUGCACCCUGUCCAGCCUCCAUGUGAUCGCAGCAUUCACAAGAUCAGUUCACUGUUACCAAAAUCUGCUUUUAGCAGAAGGGGAAGAUGGCAUGUUUGUGAAGGCAAUGCACUGCCGAUAGCCAACUUGACUACUUUCUUUCCACCAGCCUUCUCUUUUGAUCUUUAGAGUAAGUUUCAAUAGAUGGGGAAAAUAGCAUACAAAUAUAGCAAGCAGUCAAAUUACAUGUCAGGCUACUCUUAGCUCUUUUAACUGUUCCCCCCCUCCCAGGUUUAAUUUUUCAUAUGAGGGCUUUUAGGAACAUGAAAUAGCUUAUAAACUGGCUUGUAAGAAUAAUAGAAUUAUGAACAUUUCAGAAGUUUUAGCCAAUUUUCACACAUUCCGUACAUCUUUAUCUGUUUUACCUUGAAUUCAUUGAGGUCACCUUAAAACAUUGUAUACACAAUACUGAACAUUCCAGUGCUGGGUAUUUAUUUUUGUUUGUUUUUGGAGGUAGUGAUUUGCCAUGAACUGGCUUUUCAAGUCUUUAUAUUUAGAUCAACAUUUUCCUGACUUCAAAAGACCAAGAUAAGAAAAAAUAGCCUUAUCUAUGAAGAUACCAUUUAUAUUUCUCUGUUGGUAAGAAACCACUUUUUAAUGUCUACCAUGAGCUUCAAUAUAUAUUUUUGAAAUCUCAAUGACUUGAAAUUUUACAGCUCAAAGCUAUGAAUUUCAUUAGAUUUAUAUAUUUAUUUUGAAAUAGUUGAGUUUGGGGGAAAGCCUGCAAUCCAAAAAGUCUUAAACCAGUCUGUGUCUGAAUAAAGCAUAUAAUGCCACAAGUACCUUUCAGAAUUAAUCUAGCCAUACAGAUUUUAACACCAUCAGGGAUUCUUCCUACUUUAAACUUAUUUGACAGUGAUGAAUUGGGCAUAAAGCUUCUACUUUUUUUCUAGAUCUUUACACACUUCUUGCUCAAUGUAUAAACACAGUAUUUUCCCCCUAAGGGAAUGUGUUUUAUUGUUUCACAAGAACAUAAUCCAGUGAUCUUGGUGUCUUUUGUAAAAAAAAAAAACACUGAUAUUUUUAUUAAACAAAUUCAUACAACUGGAGUACAUAUAAACUAUGUGCCUGAUUUCUGUGAGCACUUUAAAAUAAAUAUAUUUAAACAGUGCUUCAGCUCCAGUGACUCGGCAUGUAUUUUGAAAAGACAAAUGAUCCUUGAAGAUUCCCAUGAGGAAUAUUUAACUCUAAAGGGCAGUAUCUGUCCUGUUAAAAAUUGUAAAAAGAAAAACCUAACUUAAAAAAGUCAAAAUAAAUUUAUCAGCUAUAGAAUGCCUUCUCGUUGCUCCCAUUUCCCGUUGCUCUCAUUUUUCUACCUGUGCUGCUUUUUCAUCACACAUAUCUUGGUUGGAGAUCCAGCCAGACUAACCUCUGUCACUCAUCUGAGCUUUCAUAAGAAAUCAGUAUGCAGUUUUCCAUUUUGAGGUAGGCUAAACUGCUUGCUAAUAUUUGAGCUACUAUCCUGCAAUGCUAGUUUUUCCUUUGGGGCUUGCAAUUGAAUAAUAGAAGAUAGGCUGAGAAAGUAGUCUGAUCUUAACACAGCCAAACUGCCUAAGGAGAGUGUUUCAAGUGAUAAAACUCCAACUAAGAGCCGGACCACAUCACACAUUAACUAUUAGAAAAUCUCCAUGGAGUCAAAAUUAUGUGCUUUAAUUCAUUGGUGAAAUGAAUACAGAUAUUUUCAUAUGUCAAUGUACAUGGUUUUCUCUCCCAACACCCCUCCUCCAAUGGGGAGAUUAUGAGGAAACGGCCCUAAGCUGCCCAUGUGAAUGAUCACCUUCUCUUUCUCUCUCUCUUUUUUCUUCUUUAUGUAUGUGUUUCUUCUUUAUUCCCUGGCAUUAGUAAUCCUCGUUUUGUUUUUUACUUUCCCUCCUACCCCAGUUUGGUAUACUGCCUGCUAUCAAAGUUUGGCAUCACUCAAACUAGUACUUAAUGACUGAUUCUCCCCCCCCCCCCCCCAAAAGCCUAUAUUUCAAAUUUUUCUGUGAUUUCUCUCCCUUUCCCCAUUAAAAAUGGCAUGUGUCUGAGAUUUAAAACUGCAGUUCAAAUAGGAAGCGAGCAGGAGAUGCUCCUUUUGAGAGGAAUAAUAUUUCCUGCCCAUCAUAGGAUGAUUGGCAUGCCAUAUCUGCAUAUGUGUGGCUUUUCUUGUCAGUGCCUUAACUACCAGUUUUAAAAGACCAAGGGGGCAGUCCACCUAACACCACUGCUAUGCAUUUCCUCACUCACACCAGUUGGGUUUUUACAGAAGCCCCAUGCAAAGCCUGAUUUAAUGAAUGGAGCUUGUGCAGCCAAAAUUCCUCAACAGUCUGUCCUUCUGUUUUGAUUUAAUAUUUAAUAUUGCUCCAGCACUGACUUUGGCCCUUAAUUUGGGCAACUUUCAUUCCAGUCUGCUAAUCACCUCUUAAAAAUUACCAUUUAGAGUUGAUUUUGGGACCAUUUCAGACAUUCAUGUUGGCAGAUGCUGUAUUCUAGGCACUUGUCUUCGCUGCCGCUGAGAAUUUGCCCUGGUCCAACUCUCAUUGCUGUUCUGCAUAGGAGUUUGCCAUUGCAAUAAAUGUCUGAAAGGGUGCUUUGAUCAUGUAGAACAUAGCUACAAAGAUGACUGCUGGGUUAUUUUCCUGACUCUGUUGGUAUCUCAGUUUCUUUAUAGGCUAGUAGCAAGCCCCCACCUCUUCUUUAAAAAAAAAAAUCUUCACCACAAUGAAAAUACUGGAAAGUAGAAUGCCUCCAUCAAUUUAGCAAGCCUAAGAUAGACUAGUUUAUAUCUGAUUUCAGUAACUAUAUAGAGAGCACAUCUUUGAAGUUCUAGUAUUUUGAUGGUUUUGGUUGGUGUUUUAGUUUUUUAGUUACUAAAGGGUACAUGUGAGGAACUGGAGGGGGUUCUGUUAAGAUUGUGUAUGCAUAAUGGAAACAAGUCUUUCACAACUUACGAGUGUGAUUACCUUUCUCUCUUACAAGUGUUGAAGUUCUUGGGUUUUGAGAGAGCUGUAUUAAAAGUAAAAAACCUGAAGGCUGCGUCCAUGAGACCAUUUGUUGUCUUUGUCCAGAAGGUGUAGGGUAAAAUGGGCUUCAUAUCUUGAGUACAUUUUAAAAAGUAAGCCUAAUUGUCAGUCACAAUUAUUACAUUUAGCUGUGACGUGCAGAAAGUAACAUUCACUUAUGUGUGUGUUGUACUGCCAUCAUAGGAAACGUUUCUCAGGGAGGGAUUGCGUAUAGAUGGAGCUAGCUACAGCCGAUAACAUGAUAGUUCCUAUAUCUGGGUGUUUAGCUGUUGUUGAACAUGCAAGGAGCAAAAGAUACACCUAAUUUUGUCUGUGUGGUGGAAGGCUCCUUGCAGUGGAGGAAUGUACUGUUCAUAGCUAGGAGGAAUGGCAGGAAUACAAACCUGUGGCCAUUUCAGUCAUAUUCACCCUAGCACAAACUAUUAUUGAUUGAGAAGCCUCCCUUCCAGCAGUUGCUCAACACAAGCCAUUUUUAAUGCCUCUUCUUUCCUGGUGACUUGAAGCACCAUUUUGAUGGGGGUUGAAUGCACUAUGACCUCUAUGAGCGAUGUGCGGUUUGGCUGCACCAUGUCCUUUUCCUCCUUCUGAUUUUUAAUAUUUUCCCAUGUGUGUGGAUUUGAACUGUGUGUUUGCAUAAGCUAUUUCGUGAUGGCUUGAAGUAUGAACUUAAGAGUAAAAUUUUCCUACUGAAAUAAAUUGCUUAAAAUUUGAA